AUUUAUUGCAACGCACAACAUAUCGUAAGCAAUAUAAGUUGGUUUUAUUGUAUACUAUGAUGGUAUCAGGUUGUUUUUAAAGCAAUUUCAAGAAGUGCAUAAAAUUUCUGGCUGUAAGAAGAUAAUUGUUGAAAACUUUAUGCUUAUGGCGAACAAUACUGAUUUAGAUGUUAAAGACGACGGUGCUUAUAAUGGUUCGGGAAUAGGACAUGGUGGUUCGGAAACAGUACACAUACCAUCUCAUAGGAAACGCAUAGAAACUAUAGAAAUGUCUACGAUCAGUAAUACAAAUGAAAGCUUAACUUUACCUACAUCAACCACAAUUUCAUCCUCUUCGUUACUGACAAAAUUGAAGAACGAAACUGAACAGAUGCGAAACCAUAAUGGCUUACCGGAACGUGGUUCCUGGUCAUCAAAGCUAGACUUCAUAUUAUCUGUUGUGGGUCUUGCUAUCGGACUAGGAAAUGUUUGGCGGUUUCCAUAUCUAUGCUACAAAAAUGGGGGAGGGGCUUUCCUUAUACCGUAUUUCUUGACUCUAAUAUUGGCUGGGAUACCAAUGUUUUUUAUGGAAUUAGCGCUGGGACAAAUGCUAACAAUCGGAGGUCUGGGGGUUUUUAAAAUUGCUCCCAUAUUUAAAGGCAUUGGCUACGCUGCUGCUGUGAUGUCUUGCUGGAUGAACGUUUACUACAUCGUAAUUCUGGCAUGGGCCGUAUUUUAUUUUUUCAUGUCUAUGAAAACAGAUGUGCCUUGGCGUUCUUGUAAUAACUUCUGGAAUACUGUAAAUUGUGUCAAUCCAUACGAACGCAACAAUUUAAUUUGCUGGGAGGAUUCCAUUAAUGGAACAGUAAAAAAAAUUUGUUCUUUAACCUUAGCAAAUAUCACCACUUCAGAACUGACAGAUCCAGUUAAAGAAUUCUGGGAGUAAGUAUAUUCCUCUGCCUCUACUUGAUGC